AUGAAUGAAGACAUGCAGGACACUAAAGGGGAACUGGAUGCAAUCUCACGCACUCCGCAUCUACCGCCAUUUCUGAGUGAGAAACCGACAUUGUGGUUCACAAUAGCAGAAGCAAUAUUUUCUCGAUGCCGCAUCAUCAAUGACCUGGCUAAAUAUGAAUUUGUAAUAUCUCACCUAGAUUGCAAAUAUUUACUCCAGAUAGAGGACGUUAUAAACUCUCCGCCUGCAGAGAAUAAAUACAUAAAACUAAAGGAGGAAUUAAUCAAAAGGCUAUCAAUUUCCGAACGGCAAAGGAUAAGACAAUUACUUUUGCAAGAAGAACUUGGUGAUCGAAGUCCUUCUCAGUUCCUACGUCACCUUCGUUCAUUGGUCGGAACAACUACAGUCGACAAUUCACUCCUACGAGAAAUCUGGAUUCAACGACUACCGGUCCAGUCUCAACAAAUAUUGCAAACCCAGAUCAAUGGAGACCUAGAAGAACUUGCAUCGCUCGCCGACAAAAUAUGUGAGAUUGCACAACCGCAGUAG